GUUCAUCAGAUGAUCCAACAGUUGAAUUAUCCGGUCCGCAUAUUUGUGAAUUCGACAGUAAUACUAUGGAACAAGUAAAGAUAAUUCUUAGUUGUAUUGCCUCCAUCCUCCAAUAUCAAGUCCGAGGAUAUGACGAUGACUCAAAACGUACCCGUAUUAAGAGGCGUCGUACUAAUUAG